UGUUUAUGUACGUGACGCAUGCGCAUUACUUCUCCAAUCAGAAUCCGCCAUUUUCUCUUCCCAUAAAGAAGGAAACAAAACAUUUUUUUUGUUUUCUAUACUAAUUUGCUGAAAAAUAAUAUCAAACUUUUGCUAAUAAGUGCCAGUUAUUUUCAAUAGUAGUCCUUUUUAUCCCUUUUCCAGUGUUCGCGCACCUGUAUUUGGACUAGAUAGUUCUUCACUCUCAUUGGUGGGAUUUGAAAAAUGUCUGAUCCUAACUACACUCCAGGUGGAUCCUCCCCCUCAGGGGGAGUCACUAUCAGUGGUGAGGCAAACAUGAUGCUCCAGCAAUUUUGGCCCAAGACCAUCAGCAACAUUAGAGGCCUUAAGCAGGAUGACUUUAAGCAACAAGAGUUACCUUUGGCCAGAAUUAAGAAAAUAAUGAAACUUGAUGAGGAUGUCAAGAUGAUCAGUGCAGAAGCACCAGUGUUAUUUGCCAAGGCUGCUGAAAUCUUUAUAAGUGAGCUAUCUCUCAGAGCUUGGAUCCACACAGAGGACAACAAAAGGAGAACUCUGCAGAGAAAUGAUAUUGCCAUGGCCAUUACCAAAUUUGACCAGUUUGAUUUUCUCAUCGACAUAGUUCCGAGAGAUGAACUCAAGCCUGCAAAAAGACAGGAUGAUAGUACAAGGAGCACAUCUAUGCUGCCAGAUCAAAUACAGUAUUAUCUUCAACUUGCCAGUCAGCAGGCUCAGCAACAGCAGCAACAGCAACAACAACAGCAACAGCAGCAGCAGCAACCAGUUCAGCAGACAGCCACACCACAACAAACAGUGCAACAGACACAACCUGUCCAGACACAAAUAACACAACAGCAACCCCAAGCAACACAGAUACAACUACCUGGGGGUCAAAUUAUUCAACAGCCCUUCCAGAUUCAUCAGCCUGUUUCUGCUCAUAAUCCUGUGGCAGCUCAAAAUCCAGUGGUAGCACAGCCUCAGGUGAUUCAAAUUCAAGCUCCUCAUCAACAAACAAUACAAACAAGUCAACCUCAGGUGCAACAAGUUCAAAUUCAGCAACCCCAACAACAGACACAAGUGUAUCAACAGGUCAUCACCCCCAAUGGAGUGCAAAAUGUCCCUAUUCAACUGACACCAGCCCAGUUACAAGCCAUUCAGAUGCAGCUACAAGGAAAGCAGGGAAAUCAGCCAAUCAUUAUCCAGUCCUCAGAACAACCAGCCGUCCAAACAAUACAGACAGUCACACAGGCAGACCAGUCACAGUUUGGACAGGGUGUUUAUCAGAUACAGCAAUUACCAAAUGGUCAGCAAGUGUAUAUACAACAAACAGAGGCAGAGCACACAGAGGGACAAGAUGCCUCCUAGCAGGAACAAAGGAACACUCUUAUAGGAUCUCCUGUUCUUCUGGAGCAAAGACAGAGUUUCAUAUCUAAUCUACAUAUUUUAUAACUCCGGAUCUAAUCUGGUGUUUUUAACUAAUGUGUGAAAGGUUGUUAAAUACAUGCACAUGUACUAGGGAAAGCUUGAUAAAUGUGUGUUCAUUAUUUUAUUUUGAAGCCUUUCACAGUCAUUUAUGUUAUUUAGUGCUGCAUUUUCAAAAUAUGCAUUUUAGUAGCAUUUGUGGAUUCUUUCAAUGAAUAUUUCUUAAUAAACAUGAAAUCUGAUUUCCUGUUUAGAUGGUUGAGAUUGUUUUAAGCUGUUCAAAAUUUUUCUAAAGCAUGUACUCAAUGUUGUUUUCUUUGAUACUAUUCUCUCUACAUUACAUGAGUAAGACCAUAUACAAUGGUUCUAUGUUAUUCAUAUACACACAGUUAUAAAAUGUGAAGGGUGACAAUUCUCCUCCUGUCACUGAGGGAAAGUUUGUACACUCAUUUUGAAAAACUUGUGGCGUACCAGUACAUUGUUAUCAUCAUUAAUGAUUGUUUUAAUCAUGUUUAUAUUUAAUGUCUGUGUUUCUUGUAUGUUGAGAAGUUACUGGCUCAGGUAGAUCAUUUGAAACGUUUCAUUGUUCCAUUUAGGAUUACCGAAAUACAUCUAGAUCUUGUCAUUAAAAAUGCAAUUUCUAAUAAGUCAUUUAUAAUGCCAGCCAAUUAAUCCAUGUAUUCAUUUCUGCUGAGAAUGUUUUUAUGCAUUGUUUGAAGUGUAUUCAGUAUUUUCUGCCAUAUCUUAUUUUUUCAUUUUACAAAUCACAAUAUUCAAUAUUCUAACUUCUGAGUUUGGAACAGAAGUUUGAAAAUGUUUUGCAGCAAAAUGACAUCUCUCACCCACACAUAAAAUUAUUUAUUGUAUUAAUGUUAAUAAAGACCUUUGCAGAUGA